UAUUUGCUUAGACAUCUUGUGUAUACACACCUUCCCUUAGUGUAGGAUUAAAUUCAAAGUAAGUGCAAUAGAACAAAACACAUGGUGCAUUAGAAGAUAAGAAUCCAUCUUCACUUCCUAACUAGAACGAAGCAUAAAAAUAAUAAAAUGUUGACCAACAACUCCAAUGCCCACCGCCCAAUAAUAUGAAUGAUUGGCAUCCAAAAAAACAUUCACUUAUCUUCACCUUUUUCUAAUGCCAGUCUUUCUACAUUUUCUUAGCGUGUCCAUUUUCCAAUCUCCAAUUAUUCACAACAUAUCUUUCUCUUACAACCAAGAUUCACAGUAUUUCAAGACUCUUGAACACUUUCAAAAACCUACUUUUGCAAUAGAGACCCAUACCUAUCUUACCUCCUACUCUAAUCACACAUCACCACCAUAUCAUACUCACCUUUUUCACAUGCACAUAAUAAAAGCAUUCCUCAUUCCUCCAUGCAUCAUCCCUUUCAUUCAUAGCCCAUUUCUUACCCCCAAAAUACAAAUAUACUAACCAAAUCCUAAAACUCAAUUCAAACAUGAGAUUCAACAGAACCCACUUUUGGCGAUCUAGCUUUGUCAUCUUUCUCUUUUCUAUUAUCAUUGUUCAUUAUACCAUACCACUUACCAACACCUCUAACACUAGUACUAAUAGUUCUCAAGGUAGUUUAAGUUUUCAACUUGCCAUAUUAAACAAGCUUAUAAAACUAAGUGGUGUUCAAGACUUAGUGUCUUUGGUGAUAUCAAGUAUUGCACAACAUCAUCGUAGGGAGAGACUUAAGGAAAAAUGUGACAUGGUCGAAUGGGCUUCUAAAAUACUUUUAGACCGUAAUGCGACCGUUGUUUUUACGGUUGAUUUAAAGGGUCAUGCUAACUUUAGUAGCAUUCAGAAAGCAAUUGACGCUGUUCCUGAAUCUAGCUCUAAUACCACUCUUAUCAUAAUCAAUUCCGGUGCAUACAGAGAGAAAAUAGUGGUCCAAGCCAACAAAACAAAUUUAAUACUACAAGGUCAAGGGUAUCUUAAUACAAUCAUAGAAUGGAAUGACACUUCAAAUUCUACUGGUGGAACUUCCUAUAGUUACUCAUUUGCAGUCUUUGCUUCUAAGUUUUCUGCUUACAACAUUAGCUUUAAGAACACUUCUCCUCCACCUUCGCCCGGAGAGGUUGGAGCACAGGCAGUGGCGCUAAGAGUUACUGGCGAUCAAGCCGCAUUCUAUGGAUGUGGUUUCUACGGCGGGCAGGACACACUCAAUGAUGACAUCGGAAGACAUUAUUUUAAGGAAUGUUUCAUUCAAGGAUCCAUUGAUUUCAUAUUUGGAAAUGCCAGAUCACUUUAUGAGGACUGCACCAUUAACUCAAUAGCGAAACAAGAUUUCGGUGGUGUUGGUGGAUCUAUCACAGCUCAAGGAAGACAAUCAUUGGAUGAACAAACAGGAUUUUCGUUUGUGAAUUGCAACAUUGUUGGAAGUGGAAAAGUGUGGCUCGGAAGAGCUUGGGGACCAUUUGCCACAGUUGUUUUUUCAACAACAAACAUGUCUGAUGUUGUAGCUCCUGAGGGAUGGAACGAUUGGAAUGAUCCAUCUAGAGACAAGAGUGUCUUCUUUGGAGAGUACCAUUGUACAGGACAUGGAGCAAAUUAUACAUCUAGAGUCUCUUAUGCAAGACAACUCAGAGAUUAUGAAGCAGUUUCCUAUAUUAAUGUUUCAUACAUUGAUGGGAAUGAUUGGCUUCUUAACUAUUUAACUUGAUUUCUUUAAUAAAUUUAUAUUCAUCUUUAGUUUUGUUUUUAUCUCCCUUGUUAAUCAUGUUUUUUUUUUCUUC